AAAAAAACGCAUCCGCCGUUACGAUCCACAUUCGUUGGUUAUCCCCGUCAAAGUAAGACGGAACGCUUGGGUCCAGAACAUAGGUUAUUUCAACGACGCGUCAUCAUUUUUUCUCACCGUCAUCGCGUUCUACCCGAGAUCGGUUGGCCACAUGGACUAGAUGACCUCGGUACCUCUCAGUUGGCAACGACGAGCGGAUCAACUAUCGUCGUGGAAACACCUUGUGCACGUCAUGACUCAUCAAAGGUUGAGGGAUAG